CCUACUCUAAAUGUAACUGACAUGGAACAUCUGAUUGAUGCUUGGCUAAGUGUGUCCAGAUCAUUGAACCUCUCUGUCAUCAUACAAGUUGGAGGUAGACCACUGCCAGACGCACAAAGACUGGCAGCGCAUGCAGAGGAAGCUGGUGCUGACGCCAUAAUGACCAUACCGGAGUUGUACUAUAAGCCUAAAACUGCCAAGCAGCUUGUGGACUACGUGCAGGAUGUUGCACUGUAUGCACCGGAGACGCCUAUCCUGUAUUAUCACGUGCCAGCGUACUCUGAUGUUAAUGGACUGGACAUGGUGGAGUUCUGGAGGCUGGCCACUCAGCGAAUACCAACCUUCAAGGGGAUAAAGUCAGCAGUGUUUGAGACCUCGUUGUUGCUUCAAGACGAAGUGAUGGAUGACCAGAAGAUUUUCAUUGCAAAUUCUCUCUACUUAGCGCCAGCCGUCCUUAUGGGUUUUAGGGACAUCAUAAUAAUCGAAAUCAACUUGUUCCCAACAUUAAUCGAAGAAAUAAUUAGCAAUGGCAGCUAUGGAUAUACGACGACAGCCAUUACAAAAUACAGAAAGAUGAGAGAUCUUAGAAGUAUCAUCACUAAAGAAGGUUUACCCACGUCAGCAAUUAAGGCAGCCAUGCCAAUGGUAACAGGCAUCGAUGUAGGACCAAUAAGGCGUCCACAGAAUCGGCUGACCACCGACCAGGUCAUUCGUCUGGAACAAAGGCUUAGGGACGCAGAUGUUGAUAUUGUAAACUCAGAAUUAUUAUUUGAAGAUUAACAUAAUACGGUAGUUUCCAACUAAUCAAUACUUUCAUCCAAAUGUCAAAAUGCGCCAUGUUCGAGACGAUAAAGAAUCUAAAAUUUAAUAAUUGAUCCCAUCAUUUGUUUUUUUUUAACAACUUAUACAUAGUUCUUACAUAUGGUAACAAUAAUGUAUACUAUGUAUCAAUUUGUGAAACUAUAAAUCAUUUUUUUAAAGAGUAACGAUGGAGUUAAUUCAGAC